CCAAUGUGAGUUGAAUUAUUAUCACUAUUUCCGCUUACUAUAUGUUUCAACUUGUUUCCACACUUACCAUAUCUCUUCUAGUUAGUUUGUAAGCUAUGGGUGCUCGUGGUUUUAAGAACUUCGAAAUUUUGUAUUAUUGGACAAAACAGUUUUGCAGAAUGGAGGCUUAUUGUUUGUAAGUUUUUUAGUUUUAAAUUCUAGAAUAAUAGUUGUAAUCAUUUAAGAGGAUGUGAAAACGGAUGCUAAUGAUCAUAUUACCUAUAAAUAAUAGAUUUUAUGUGUAUUUUAACGUUAGAAGAAUUAUAAGUUUUAGCGUUAUUUUCAAUUAUUUAAAUUCAUUAUUAAAACGUCCAAUUUACAUUAUAAUAAACUAGCAUUAUUUUAACUUUACAAGACGUUUUAUUAUGCUUUUUGCGUAUUCGAUGCUGAUAGAUUCAUUGCUUACCCGCUAGUUCAUCACCAGCACAUGCAAACCAUCGCCAGUCUGAAAAUUUGAAGACUAUAAUAUUGAAUAAUGCAUUAAAGAAGUUUAUUAUUUUAUUAAAUCGGCGUCAACUUUUUAUUAUGUAUUUCACGUACUAUUAAACCGACCUUUUUUUGUUGGUAUGACCAGAACAUAUGAUAUAGUCGUUGCACCCAAUCAUUAUUUGCAUUUGUAUAUAUAUUAAAAAUGUUAUCUGUUUGAUAUCUUUGUAUAUACUUAGAAAUUUAACUUGAGCCUCUAGAGUUAGAAAUCAAACCAUUAUUUUUAAAACACUGAUUUAUGAAGCCAUGCAUUCACACACACACACACACACAUAUACAUACAUGAUUAUUUUACUGUGGAUUCUCUAAAGUUACAUAAUUUUGUUAAUAAUUUAUCACUCGUGAAAAAUCAAACUACUAGUAUACUAGCUAAUUAAAAAUAAGAGAAACAAAGUCACAUGCAACUUUGAAAUGAUCAGAUCUGGAGAAAUAAAAAUAAGAAAAGUAAAAAAAAAGUUCACAUGAAGUGGAGUUGCAACCCGAAACCGCAUGAACACUGACGUGGAAUAGAAGUCCUUUACCGACACGGUCCUCCAAGUUCGAAUUGGACUUCUGAGGAUGCAUCUUGUGAAGUCAUCUGCUUUGGAAAACGAAGCCUUCCCCUUGUUUCAUGUUCUUUUCUUUUUCUCACCACAAAACAUUGUCACUACCACUCCAUCACAAUAAUACGGUAGUUAAUACUACUUAAUACCAACAGUAGAGUAUAAAAGCUCUUAAAUAUCAUGAUUUACAUUUAUAUUUUCAAACCUGAGUUUAAAAUCAUUUGGGCCUUCUGCAUAUUAAUGAAAAUUUAUAUUUAAUACUAUAUCAGGAAUUGUUGUUCAAAAAUAAACUCAUUUAUUAAGUUGAUUUAAUAAGAAUAUUAUAUCAUGGGUUCAACAUCAAUUUUAUACUAACUUUCUAAAUUUAAAAAAUUGACAUAGAUCUUAACUUUUGCAAUUUCAUGGUGUUACUGUUAUCAAUAACAAAAGUGUUUACUAAUUGCGGAUUUGAAACGCAAUUCCAAAAGCAUAAACAAACAUGGUUUUAAUAACAAUUUAGGUUAAGAGAAGGUCAAACUAGAAGUGAUAACCCAACUCGAGGUUUUCCAAGUUGGGUGCAUUAAGAAACGUAAAAGCAUAUCAUUAGCCAAAUAAUUUAAACAUUUAAUUGAUUUCAAAUUAAUCUGUAAAAUAAUCAAAACAAGAUUCCCAAAUGUCACCACCACCUCUAUAUAUCUGCUUAACAUCUAAAACCCACCAUGUCUCCAUCAUUACACAACACAGAUAAUCAAACACACACACAAAAAAAAACAGAACAAUGUCUUCUUCUGAUUCCACCAUGGAAGCCAAGAAGUCAAACAAAAUCAGAGAGAUCGUAAAACUUCAACAGAUUCUCAAGAAAUGGCGAAAAGCAGCCCAUGCAUCAAAACAAGCCAACAACAAGAUUGACGAUGAAGAAAACAGCAGUAAACUCAACAGAAGUGGAAGUGGAAGUGCAAGCAAGGGCAUCAAGUUUCUGAAGAGGACACUAUCCUUCACAGAUGUAACAGCUGUUCCUAAAGGCUACUUAGCUGUCUCUGUGGGUAAGGAGGAGAAGAGAUACAAGAUACCAAUGGACUACCUUAGCCACCAAGCUUUCCACGCAUUGUUGCGUGAAGCAGAAGAAGAGUUUGGGUUUCAACAAGCUGGUGUGUUGAAGAUUCCUUGCGAAGUUGCUGUCUUCGAGAGCAUUUUGAAGAUAAUGGAGGACAACAAGAGUGAUGCGUACCUGACCACACAGGAGUGUAGGUUCAAUGCAACGACUGAGGAAGUGGUAAGCUACCGUCAUCCUUCGGAUAUCCCUAGGACUCCAUCUCAUCAACCUCACAGUCCGAUGUGCAGAUAACUUUUCUUUGUUUUGUUUUGAUUUGCUUGUUGAUUGCUUUGAACCAUUCUUCUUCCUCUUCCCCAUGUUCCCACAUUUUCACUUGGGGAUUUGAACUUGUGUACUCUGCAACUUCAAAGAAUGAGAGACAGAGAUUUUUGAAUAAUGAAAUGUAUAAAUGGAUCAUUGAAAAAAAUUGAAA